UCUUGACAUGCGUAUUUUGGAAGGACAGCCGUCUUCCGCCAAGUUUGAACGAGAACCAGUAACGUCCUCAAGGCUUUUUGAACACGUUUUCUUUGAGAGAGAAAUUCAAAAUCAUUUUCAAUAUGUUUUCAGUGACAGCAGAUUCACAUGAGCCAAUGCUUUCAUCACCGACCAGUCCUGGAGCCCAUCAGUAUCUUCCAGCCUUUUUGCUUGGAGAAAAUACACCGCAUACUUUGUCUCCAGCACCUCGUCUAUGGUCAGCUGGAGGUCACUCUGGUCCAAACUCCGGCCAGAAAAACACAUCAUACGUAACAUCUCAGCAUAUGAUGUCUGGUACUCCAAGAAAUGACAUGUCGCGUGGUAAAGACAAAGCAGGGGCACCUCCUGUAAAGGGAUUGUUUGUCAGUCCAGAUGGGCAGUACACACCAUCCACACCCAGCCAUCAGAUGUCAUUUUCUAUGAGCCAGCCACAAAGAAUGGGUUCUACACCAGCAUCCUCGAAAGCACUGUCUCCAGGAGUCCAGACAUCUUAUAUAAACUGUACAGGUACACCUAAAAUGGGAGAGUCUUUUCUUUCAACGACCAGCAAGAUACCAGUCUCCCCAGCUCAGCUCGAUCCAUUUUAUACUCAAGGUGAUUGUCUGAAAUCAGACGAUGUAUUGGACGAGACAUGGGUCACAGUGUUUGGGUUUGUACCUUCAUCCAUGUCUUUCAUUCUACAACAGUUUGCUCAGUACGGUGAUAUCAUCAAAUAUGUGGCAGCUACAGAAGGAAACUGGAUGCAUAUUCAUUACAAGUCUCGGAUACAGGCCAAGAAGGCCCUCAGUAAGAAUGGAAAGAUUUUUGAGGGCACCAUCAUGGUAGGAGUUCUUCCCUGUAUCGACAAGAAUAUUUUAGAGGACUUCCGAGACGCUAAAGACAUGUCAUGUACAACUCCUGCCAUGCUGCAGACCGCCAACACACCGAGCAUGUUGAACAACUCUAGCAUCAAGACAACAAGCACAGGAACACCCAUCAGACCCCUUGCCGCAGCCUACCGGUCAAGAAGUGAUGUAUUGCAGAAUCCACAAGAGCCCAAAAGAGAUAACAGUUUUGUGUCUAAGGUCAAAGAGUAUGUGUUGGGAUGGUAGCACAUUAUUGACCAUGUAUUCUUUUGUUAUGUGGAAAAAAAUCCAAGAAAACUGUGAUACAUUUUCACUCCAGAGGUACAGAGCUGUCACAAGAGUAGCCAUCAUCAUUGUCAUCAUCAGUGCUUUUAUCGUCAAAAGAAUGUGAUCUUGGUAGAACAUUGCUCAGUAUCGAGUUCCCAGCUGUUGAUUCAAGUUCACAGCUACAGUUGCUGUUGAUUCAAGCACAUAGCUCCAUAACAAUGGGCUAAUAUAAUAAGCUUUUUGGAUAAUACACAGUAUCUAGCCAUCUCCAUGGUUAUAAAAUCAAAUAAGAAUAAUUAAUGCAGAUGCUAUUCAGUCACUUUUCUCGAGGCCAUCUUUAAUAAAUUUGGCGUGCUCCAACAUAACUCACCAUUUUAACAGCAAAUUUAUCAAUAGCUAUAUAUUUGUUAAUUUAAAAAUAAUAAUGUAUUUAGAAAAGGAAGAUUAAUUGUAGCUGAGGGAAAAUGUUUGAGUAAUCUGCAUUAGUUGAACAGGAUACAGCAAACAGCAUAGUGUAAAUUUCAUCCCGAAGUGUCGGAUCAUCUUACUUCAGUACUAAGGCUCAAUUAAGCAAAGAGAAAUAUCUUGGGAUCACCCAGAAUAUUAAGUACAGCUUUAUUGGCGGUUUUUCUAUUUUAUUGAUGGCACAAAAGAGAAAACUUUUUAUAAAAUAUUUCAAAACUGUCCAAGAGUAUGCAUUUGGCAUGCAUUUGGCCACUUGGAAAAUAUUUUAUUUAAAAAUUGGAUUUGUCCAUUCUUCUACUUUACAUAUGCUCAAGCAUUACAAAUAAAUAUUAAAAAUUGUUUUAAAUUGAUGCAAUAUUCUAUGAAUUGUGAGGAACUGGAUUUGAUCAGUAUAGUAAGUAUAUUAAUGUACUUGAACAGCCACCUAUCUAUAUAGUUCUGUACGUGUUUAAAAUGCAUUACGUUAGUCAGGUAAUUCGAUUUUUUAGACCUUUUUUCAAAGACAGAAAAGGGAUCAAAAGAAACUAAAGACACUUAGCAUUUGCAUAAAGGUUAAAAUGUAUUUUCCCUGUCAUUUAACACAUUCGGUUUCUACCUUACUUUUUGUAUGCAAACCUGGAUGUCAUGUACUAUUUCAGAAUUAAAUUCUCUUAUGAAGCAUACUGCUUGAAAUAUAUCUUUGAAUCCACUACCCUUACUGUCGGUUGAACUGAUUAAAAGGCAAUUAAGCAGUGGAUUUUAAGAUACGAUUAUUGUGAUACUUCAGUGGGUGGCUGUUAAGUACAGGUUUCACUAUAUAGACGUUGUUUAUUUUAAGUAUGUAUGCAUAAAAAUAAAUCAUGUAAAUAGU